CUUUAUUUCCGAAAGUCUUUUCCAUCUUCCUACUAGGUAUAAUUUUCUUCUUCUUACAUCUUAUGGAACACGCUGGUGCUCCUUCCUUCUGUUAACUGCUGGACAAGAUGUUUCCUGCUAGUUCAAAAAUAAUAAAGAGUGGGGGGGCAGAUCCCGACCCAUUUGAGGUGUCAAUCUCACAAGCCCUUCUAGAGUUGGAGAUGAACAGCGAUCUUAAGGCACAGCUAAGAGAGCUCUACAUCACCAAGGCCAAGGAGGUGGAAUAUAACAAUGGCAAGAAGUCAAUAAUCAUCUACGUCCCAAUUCCUCAACUCAAGUCUUUCCAAAAAGUCCAAAUACGUUUGGUCAGAGAGCUAGAAAAGAAAUUUAGUGCUAAACAUGUUGUAUUUGUUGGGGAGAGGAAGAUAUUGCCGAAGCCAACAAGAAAGACCCGAACCAAGAACAAGCAGAAAAGGCCAAGAAGCCGAACACUAACUGCUGUGUAUGAUGCUAUAUUAGAGGAUUUAGUGUAUCCUGCUGAAAUAGUGGGGAAGAGGAUACAGGUCAAGAUGGACGGUAAACAACUGAUAAAGGUCCAUUUGGACAAGAACCAGCAGACGAACAUUGAUCACAAGCUCGACACAUUUGCUUCAGUGUAUAAGAAGUUAACAGGGAGGGAAGUCAAAUUUGAGUUCCCAGAAACGUACCUGUAAAUGUUUUAUUACAAUAAAAUGUUUAAAUAAAAUCCACUUUGGGUGAA